AUGGCGUGGCCGAAUCCAUUCCGGCGGCGCGAUGAAAACACACGAACAGCCUGGGGAUAUACCUUCCAAUUAACUCCUGGCCAUCUUACUCCCGAGCAAGCUCAUCCUUUAAAACAUACCUAUGAUGUCCUCGGAGAAGAGUGCUACGAGAUUUUAAAACAGAUGGGCAGCAGUUCUGCAGAUGAAGCCAAGCCACCGCAACAGAAGACGGACGAUGCUCAAUUGGAGAGCGUGGUGGCAAACCAUUCCCAGCGGUCAAUUAGUUCGACCAUGAAUGACUCAGUCGAUAAGACGAGUCGACCGUCCUCGACAGCAUCACAGAGGUCGUCGAAACGGGACCUCUACCUACUUCUCCGGGAUCACCACUCCUCACACCCCAAACUUCAACAACUCUGGGACGAAGUCACCACCGUCCCCGACUGGGUCGACUGGGCGCAAAUCCGCCGCGGACAGGACGUCUUCUACCGCUACGGCGCCGCCACACUCACGGGUCUCGCGUAUCAAUCCCUUCUGGGCGGUAUGGGCGCCAACCGGGUGGUAGAAGUGCUGGCGCGCACGGGCGGGUUUUCCGUGAAAGUGGCGCGACAUCGCCUGUUCGAGACGACGCAGCAUAUUCUCGAGUGCACGCGGUCUCUCGAGAGCAUCCAGCCCGGGGGCGACGGGUUUGCGAGUUCCGUGCGAGUGCGCCUGUUGCACGCCGCCGUGCGGCAACGGAUCAUGCAUCUCACAAAGACGCGACCGAGCUACUACAGCGUCGAGGAGUACGGGAUCCCCAUCAACGAUUUGGAUUGUAUCGCCACCAUCGGCACCUUCUCCGCCACAAUCAUCUACCUCUCCCUACCCCGGCAGGGGAUAUGGCUCCGCCGACAAGAAACCGAGGACUACAUCGCCCUGUGGCGCCUUAUCGCUUACUACGUAGGCACACCCACGGAAUACUUCUCCACGCCCGAACGCGCCAAGUGCAUGAUGGAAUCCCUGCUCCUCAACGAGAUCAACCCAUCCAACACGUCCCAGAUCCUAGCCAACAACAUCAUCCGCUGCCUCGAAAAUCAACCACCUACAUACGCUAGCCGCAGCUUUUUGGAAGUCAACGCCCGCUGGCUCAACGGCAACGACCUCGCCGACGCUCUUGGCCUGGGUCGUCCGGGACCGUGGUACUGGGCCCUGAUGACCGGGCAGUGCAUCUUUUUCGCCUGUCUGUGCUAUACAUACCGCUCCAUACCCGCCCUGGACAGACGGAAGAUCGCGACGCUUAGAAAAGUGUUUUGGGCGCUGAUUGUGGAGGGAAAGUACGGGUUAGCGGGUGAGCCGACCGUUUUUGAAUUCAAAUACGUGCCCGAGUUAGGCUUGGGGACUGCCAAGGGUGAGGACGACGAACAGAAGGCCAAAGAGGUGGGCAUUGAAAGGAGGAAUCUGAAUACCUUGCUGGCUGCUACGGGUGUCCUGAUUUGCGCAGGGUGGGUCGGCGUCAAGAUCUCGACGGCGCUUUUGGGGAGGGUCUUUUGA